AGGAAGAACAGGAUAUGCGGUUGCCAUGGAAUUCUCUCAAAAGCUUUUGGCAAACUGGCACAUCCCACUUCUGAUGUCAGCACUCGGAGAAGGAAGCAUGGAGAGAGGGAGGGAGCCGGGUGAGGAAGGAGUUCAGAGAAAAGAGCGAGAGACAAGGGAGAAGGGGAACGGGAAGGGGUGAGGGAGCGAGCGAGCGAGGGAGGGAACAAGGGAGGCAGCCUGUUGCUCCUGAUCAUCAAACAGCCUCUUCAUACUCCACAAGCUCCAGCGCCUGAGUAGAGAUGGAGCAGUGUUGAAGCCAGAAGGAAACACAAUUCUUCAUCUUCAUGUUUCCUGAGCAAGGACACAAGAGCAAAUCUGUGAGUGUGAGAUCGCGCUGAUGGGAGGUUGAGCUCAGGGAUGUGACAGUAAAGAUGACCCUGCUGGCGGGUGAUGGUUCUGACUACGACUACAGUGCCCUAAGCUGUGCCUCUGAUACUUCCCUCAAUCAACCUCCACAACAAGAAGCAGAGGCUCGGAAAGGAGCCUUCUACAAAAGGGCCCAGCUCGCCCUGGAGCGCACCACCGUCCCUGACAAUACCGCUUUGUCUGGCGCCAGGAAGAUCCACGCCAUCAUUAAUGUGGGUGGCCUGCGCUACCAGAUGCCUUGGACCACUUUAGAGGACUUCCCUCUGUCCCGCCUGGGCCAGCUGCACCUCUGCAGCAGCUUUGAUGAGAUCAUGCGCAUCUGUGAUGACUACGACGUUGCACACAAUGAGUUCUUCUUUGACCGCAGCCCCUGUGCCUUCAGGACCAUCCUGACUUUCUUGAGGGCGGGUAAGCUGCGCUCCCUCAGGGAGAUGUGUGCGCUCUCGUUCAGAGAGGAGCUCCUCUACUGGGGCGUCCCAGAGGAGAGCCUGGAGUGGUGCUGUCGCCGCCGCAUGCUGCAGCGUGUGGAGGAGUUUGAAGCCAUGGAGAGAGCAGAAGAAGAGGAUGAGCUUUUGGAGGACCUGUUGGAUUCGGAGAACGGGCACAAGGAGCGCACGGCCGAGUCCAGAAUCAACUGCUGCAUGAACAAACUGAGAGACAUGGUGGAGAGGCCUCACUCCGGCCUGCCAGGGAAGAUCUUUGCUUGUUUGUCAGUGCUGUUUGUUACCAUCACAGCCAUCAACCUCUCCAUCAGUACCAUGCCAGCUAUGAGAGAAGAGGAGGAGGCGGGCACAUGUUCCAAGAUGUGCUACAACAUCUUCAUAGUGGAGACUGUAUGUGUGGCAUGGUUCUCCUUGGAGUUCACCCUGCGCUUCAUUCAGGACCGCAGCAAGCUGACCUUCUUCAGAAAGCCUCUGAACCUGAUUGACGUGGUGGCCAUCCUGCCCUACUACAUCACGCUGCUGGUGGACGGUUCGUCCAAGGGGGAGAAGCGCCUCGGCUCCGGCAGCAGCUACUUGGACAAAGUGGGCUUGGUGCUCCGCGUGCUCAGAGCGCUGCGCAUUCUCUACGUGAUGCGGCUGGCUCGCCAUUCGCUGGGCCUGCAGACUCUUGGCCUGACUGCGAGGCGCUGCACACGGGAGUUUGGACUGCUCCUCCUUUUCCUGUGUGUGGCGAUUGCUUUGUAUUCACCCCUUCUGUACCUGAUUGAGAAUGAAAUGGCUGCCACACAGGAGUUCACGAGCAUCCCCGCGACCUAUUGGUGGGCUGUGAUCACUAUGACAACUGUUGGUUAUGGGGACAUGGUGCCAAGGAGCAUCCCGGGUCAGGUGGUAGCUCUCAGCAGCAUUCUGAGUGGCAUCCUCCUGAUGGCGUUCCCCGUCACCUCCAUCUUUCAUACCUUCUCCAGAUCAUAUGUGGAGCUGAAGCAGGAGCAGCAGAGGAUCCUGCAGCGGAGGACACACUUCCUGCUGCGUAGCCGCAUGGCCGGCCUGGGCAGCAAUCUCUCUUUAGAAAGUGACAUCCUCUUUCCCUUAGGGCCGCCUGAAACCAGAGAAAUGGACAACUGAGACUGCAGUUGUUCAUUUCUCAACUGCUGGACACAACAAUAUUGUGUUAUUGUAAUUACACAACAAUUACAACAUUGUAGUUACACAACAUUGCUGCCCUGUUCAAUUGCAAGAACUGGGCAGAGUGUAAAGAAGAUAAAUAUCAUGCAUUGAACUUUUUUUGCUUUUAUCACAUUGCAACAACAAACUUAAACUGCAGUAUGUAACUUUCAUAAAGAAUAUGUUGGGUUUUUUUUUUACAUAUUUUUUAAAACUCACCAUUUUGUGACAGUGUAAUAUGAAAAAGAUAAUCUGUGAAAAUAUUGAUCUUAUCCAUCUCCAUGAGCUAGAUCCAUGAGCUAGUACUGCCAUCUACACAAAUGCGCUGCUCUCAAGGAAAAACAACCAAUCAGAGCCAGGAGGAGGGUCUUUGCCCUGUCAAUCAUGCCCAUGUACUUGCUCCUCAUUGAGAAACAGCUUACCUUUUAUCUGUCAUCAUCAGUGGCCAUGCCUGAGCAUUCUAAACAAGCCAUGCUAGCUGCAGUAGGGAAGGGAACGGGAGGGAGGAUGAGCAUCGCUGCACCAGAUUGUGAUUGACAGCGCCAAGUCCCACCUCCUGGCCUUGAUUGGUUGCUUCUAGUUAGCACUAGGAGAACUGGAUGAAGGCAAAAGAGCUCGAUUUUCGUUCACAUAUUAUCGUUCACAUGAUGACAGUUUCAAUAAAUAUGUAAGAAAAAGAAUAGAGAAAGUUACAUAUGAACUUGAAGUGUAUUGGAAAUUGGAUUUUCAGUGGUAGACCAACAAAAUAUAGCGCAUAGUUCUGAUACGGAAGAAAAAUGUACAUAUUUUAGUUCUCUACCUGAAACAUGUGAAAGGUUUGGCAUUCAUUUGUAUUUAGUCUUGUUUGUUCUGAUACCCCUAAAUAAACUCCAAUGUAACUAAAUACUUUCAGUUUAAAUAACCCCACUUCACAACAAAUGAUUGACCCUCAAGAAAUGUAUACAUAUAUGGUAAUUUAAUCAAUUUUAACAGCAGUUUAGGGAAAAAUUAUAAACAAAAAAUGUAAAAUUAUUUAACAGUCGGAAAAGUUCAGACAUCCUACCCUAUAAUUUCACACUCUUUGAUUCACAGCAAUUCAAUGAGAUCAGAAUCUGGGUUUAUGUUUGGCCCAUUUGUACAAUUUUAAUUUGUACAAGUAUUAAUUUUUAUAACAGUGCCUGUUUUUUUUUUUGAGACUUCUUUCUUUAAAUCCUGACUUUAAAGUAAUGCAGUCUUCUUUCUAACACUCUUUAGUUUCACUUCAGCAGUUGGGAGGAGUCCAAACUAAACGUCUGAGACGCAACAAACUUCCUUCAAAAGGCUGAGUUAUGAUUUUCCAAUCAUGUGUGCAUCAUGUGAGAUUUUUUUCCAGAUAUGUCAGAAAAGGAGGCAGUCUUGCAAAAUUUCAAUAAAAUACACAAAAGUUUGUUGCUGUAAAUUUAGAAAGCUGCUGUUGGUGGAUCAUGUGGAGACAAAACAAAAAGCAAAAGCAACUAAUGCUUUUCCUUCAGGAAAAUCAGUUUUUGUGUAGCAUGAAAGCACCUGGCAAAAAGUAAAAACAUCAAAGCAUCUCUGACACAUUUCAGUUUAACAGCUGAAGGCUUUGCAAUGCAUUGAAAAUAAGUCACAGCCAUUGCAUUCUGUUAAAAAUGUAGAUACAAAGACUUUGCUCAAGAUCAAGCUGAAUAACAAACAAUUAGCUGCAUGUGUCUAAUUAUGCAACUAAUUCAGCUGUUAGUAACAUUCUAGGGAGCUUUUGCAUCUAGUUUACUAAAAGCAAUAGGAGGUUUUUGAAUGAAUGGUCCAUCCAUCUCUCCCCACACACAACCAAAUACACACCAACUCUCCUGAUGAUGUGUAUUCUGCUGAUUCGAUUAGAUGUAUUUUUGAGAAAACUAAAAAUUCAUUUUUUACAAAGAAAAAAAACCGAGACAUUCUGAAAUUCAUUACCUUGCGGGGGUGUCCAAAGUGUGGCCCAGGGUCCAUUUGUCGUCCUUGGACUGAUUUUAUUUGACCCCCAACUCCAGUUAAAAAAAAGAUAAUGUAAUUUUGUUUAUGAAACGUUUAUUUAUAAAUUUAUUAAGCUCAGCUUAAUAUGACGAGUGUUUUGAAAGAAAAUAUUCCAAAUUUGUUUUUAUAGCUAAAAGCAAAUGUGCUCAAAUGAGCACAAGAAAUUGAAAAAGAAUUUUCAAUUUUUGAAAAUUGAAAGCUUUUGCAAACGAGCAAACCUUUUCAAGCUUUUAAUCUACAAACAGAAACAAAAAAAAUGCCAUUUGCUUUAUUUUAGUCUUUUUCUUCUUUCUUUCUUGACCUUUGAGAACUUUUGACUUAAUGAUUUUGACCCAUAAGACAAAAUGUUUGGAGACGACUGUUUUAGUCAAAUUGUUUUUUCCCUUCCAAGGAAUAUCACAACUGAAUAUGUGGCUAGUCCAGGAUUGGUUGUGCACAUAAAAAAUCACUAUGAAGGAUACAAAAAGUGGGUAAGAACAAAAAGUUAAAAAAAAACCCCAAUGCAUUUCAGUAAAAUUAAUGAUGCAACAGCAAUAUGAAGUCCAUGCAAAGUGUAAGAGUUCAAGCCAGACUCUUAGUUAUCAGUGUUUUAAGAUACUUUCUGGUGUAACAUAAAGAGCAUUGGUAAUGUUUCUUUAGGCAGCCAUUAUUCUAAUGGAUUUGAGAAUCCAUGGUGCAGAUUGUCUCAGUGUAACUCAGCAGAAGCUGCUGUGUGUUUAUCAUAAAUCCUAAAGCCGUAACAAAUUUACUGUCCAAGCUAACAGUUAGACACUUAAUCCACUGAGUGUUUCCUGAGUGACUGUGAAAACUCUCAAAGUUUAUUAUAUUCUGCUCUCCAGCACAGUCAGCAUCUACAUAUUAAUUAUGUUGUGGUAAUUGUCCUUUGUCCUCUCAGUGAUGCUUCAUAUGCAACUUCUGAAGAUGAUUGUCUCUAAAAUUGCUGCUGUGGCUGUGAAUAGCUGUUUGUAAAUGAGUUCCCCCGUGGACGUGGAUUACUCUGGGGUUUUGCCUUUUUGUGUAUAAUGCUGUCUGAUUGCUUCUCAUUCUGACACAACAUUUGCAGAUCUCAGCUGGAAUCCAGAGUCUGAAUGUCCAGGAUGUGCCUGUGUUUGGAUUUGAAAGAAGUAGUCAGGAAAAAUGUAGUGUCUGCUCAGUUUUUAAAACUCAUUAAAGAAUAAGAAAUAACAAG